AUGUCAUUCCUCUCCGUGCUCUGCGGAUGCUUCUCCCGCGAGGAGAAACCCUGUUCAACCCCAGAAACAAUGAUCCAAAGACCCAACAGCGGCAUCCAAACAGGCCACUUCACACUCAACCGCGACGGACAAUUCAUCCUCCCCUCACCCUCACCCGGGCGCAAUGGGCACGGACCCUCGGAUGACUCGGAGGAUGGGGGCUAUUCUAGCGUGGUCCCGCUGCCGCAGUACACAGCCCGUCCGAUCAGUCUCCACGAGAAGACGCUGGAAGCCCACAUGCGUGAUCCUUCCGUCUCCUCUGAGUCCCAGGGGUAUCCCCAGGAGGAGAAGAGCCGCAAUCUCUACGACGAGGAAGUCACUUCUGAUGCUUCUUCUGCUAUUUCCUACCCUAGCAGCUAUGGGAAUACAUCCACUGCAACGAGGGAAACUCCACCGCCGCCGUACUCGCCUCGUCAUUCGGUGAUGCUAAGUCGGUCCCGAUCAAUCUCGAUCUCCUCGGCUAUGGCUGUCAUUGUUAACCCGCCGCCUAUGGCGCGUGUUAAUGGUUCGCGGACUGGACCUGCCUAUUCCGAGGACGAUGAUCGGUCUAUUCGUCGUCAUCGCCGGGUCUCUUGGGAGAGUCGGUGA